AUGCAUAAAUUAAAUGCUUUGAUUUCGCUUAAAACGAAACUUUAUGAACUUGUCACUGGGCUUAAAGUCAUAUUUUCUGAUGGAAAAAAAAUUAAUUUAGAUGAUCUAGAUGGUUUUAAGUACUAUUGGCAUCAUGUAAAUAAAGAUGAAAUUUCGUAUAGUAAACGUAUACGAGGCGGAGGGAGCAUUGUGGUUUGGGCCAGUUUUUGUUCUAGUGAACAAUUGAUUUUACAAGUUGUUAGCAAUGAAAUGAACAACAUUACUUAUUGUAAAAUGCUUGAAAUUUCUCUAUUAGCAUUUUUUGAAAGUAAAAAUAGUGAGUUUAAUGAUGUAGGUUGCGAUUUAAAUUAUAUUUUUUAA